AUGCCACCCGCAGCCCGGCAGCACGGAGGACUCCUGCUUCUGCUCCUCUACACGGCCGCCUCUCGGGUCCCAGGCAUGCAGGCCAGACCGAUCGACUUUGUGUGCGACGAUCAGGCCAGGAGAGACAUGAACACGGUGCAGGAGCUGGAGGCCUCCAUGGGAGAAUGCCAUGGCUCAGCUCUACUCCCCUCACCAAUCACACUGCCCUGUGUGAAGACCCACAAAGCAUCCUGGGAUAUGAAAUCUAAGCAGGAGAAGAGGGGGGAUAUCGUGGCGGCGCUGAGGACCCUGUCCCAGGGGGUGAAGGAGGUGAGGUUGUCCCCUCUGUCUGAGUGCCAGGCCCCCCUGCUGGAGAAACUGGAGCGCAGUGUCACCAACUACCUGCACAUCGUCACACACCUGGAGCUAACGGGAGAAGGGAACCGUUCGGUCACAGCCUGCCCCAGCCAGCCCUCCCAAAACCUGUCCCUCGUGCUCUGGAACUUCAGCCGGCUCCUCACAGGAAAGCUGGAGUGGCUCGCCGCGGAGUUGACCUCCCAGUGCAAGCAGGCGACCUCCCAACUCUGACCUCUGACCUCACGAGUGGAUGCUGGGAAAACCAUGCUCCACUGCUGCAGCCGUGUAGUUCUGCCGCGACUGUCAGGCAAC